CCCUUCAGGUACAGGGCGUGGAGCAUAGGCGGAAAACACGAAGAUAUGGGACGUCUUUAUUUAGAAUAAACUGCAAAACAUGGGCUCUUUAGACGCUUGAGGAUAACAUAAAGCAAAAAAAACAGUCGCUAUAAAGUCAAUAUGGGUAAGGAUUUUUUAAAAGUUGUAUUUAAAGCGUUAAAAACCUGAUAAUUAUGGCUAGGGACAGCCGUUUCUGGGGCUGCGUUCAAGGUGUGUGCUGUCGGAGCCUGAAGGAUGCCAAGGUCCUGAUGAAGAUGGGCUUGGGCCUGGUGCUGGUGGGUCACGUGAACUUCCUGUUGGGGGCGCUGGUGCACGGCACCGUGCUGCGUGACGUCAAGGUGAACAUUCAGAUGGCCACCAUCGAGUACGCCAUCGGCAACAUCAUCACCCUGGUCGCCGGCCUCCUGGCGGUCAUUGGUGGGAUAACAGCCAUCACGCUGUCUAAGAACAUGAAGAACCAGACGUUGAAAUGGCUCUUGUUGGUGGUCAGCAUGGUGAUCUGCAUUUUGGGCGUGGCUGCCGCCAUCAGUGUCUUAGCCUCCAUCGUUACAGCCAUCGACAACGACGGCUCCAGUCUGCUGAAGCAGUGCAAACUGAACGGGACGUACAACACCUACAACACCUACAGCAUCACCAACGAGUGUCCCUUCGACCCCACACGCAUUUACGGGACGACUCUGACCCUCUGGUGUUUGAUCAUCGUCAUGUCGUUGAUGGAGGUGGUGUUUUCACUGCGCUGUUUUCUCGCCUGCACCAGCUUCCUGCGUCUCCCCUGCCCCUGGAGGAAAACCCCCAAAAAAUCCAGGGUGCGAAUCCGGACGCCGAAGAGCUCCGCCCCUUCGUCACCCAUCCACUUCCCCGACGAGGAGGAUCCUGCAGAGCAACGCGAUCUUCUCCACUCCCCCUCACCCACUGAGGAAACCAGCCAGCUGUGAGCCGGAGCGCCGUCACACCUACAGGUUCUCAGAUCAUCUCCCACUUCUGUGGAGCAGAUCCAUGAAGCGCUUAUUAGCUCGGUGUUCAGAUCAGAUCAGAAUCCAGGAUUUGAAGAGAGACAGAAUGGAGUUUAAUGUCCAGCUAAAAAUGAGAACCCGAGUACGACAUUAUAUAGAUCAGGUUCUUGGUGAACUUUUGGAAUGGAACUGAGACUUUGUGAGAGGUUUUAAAAAAUACGCCGUCUUACGAUAUUGGAUUUUUUUUUAACGUAUAAAUGUCUGUACCUGAGCCGUAAACGUACAGCAGUGAUGUGAAGCUGUCUGUCUCUACAAAGGUCAAAACAACGCAAUUAUUUUCGUGUGGAACGUCGAGAGUGCAGUCGCUUCACCUGAGAGCGUAAUAACUCCUCAAACCUGCUGCCAUUUCCAUAAUCUUCCAUAAUCAUUCUCUCCUCCUCGUUUAAUAUGUACCUUAUAAUAUACAUAUAAUCUCUGUGGAAGAGCACGAAUUUUCACUUCACUGAUUUUCUUUCCUUUGUUGCCAUUUUCUUCAGGUUCAGGUGGGCGGGGCUACGCUGGGCUCUCUUUCAUAUACUCGUUUGGCCACUAGAAAUAUCCCAGAAAUGCCUAAAGCUCACACAACUUUCUGCCUUUCUAGCUCUAUGAAGCUGCCGAGUUUGUGUUUACGUUGCCACAUACACUAUACUGCCAAAAGUAUUGGGACACCCCUCCAAAUCAUCGAGUUCAGGGGUUGGGCUCGGCUCCUUAGUUCCAGCGAAGGGAACUCUUAAUGCUUCAGCUUCAUACCAAGACAUUUUGGACAAUUUCAUGCUCUUUGUGGGAACAGAUUGGGGAUGACCCCUUCCUGUUCCAACAUGACUGUACACCAGUGACCAAAGCAAGGUCCAUAAAGACAUGGAUGAGUGAGUUUGGUGUGGAGGAACUGCACAGAGUCCUGACCUCAACCUGAUAGAACACCUUUGGGAUGAAUUAGAGUGGAGACUGUGAGCCAGACCUUCUCGACCAACAUCAGUGCCUGACCUCACAAAUGUUCUUCUAGAGUAAUGGUCAAAAAUCCCCAUAAACACACUCCUAAACCUUGUGGAAAGCCUUCCCAGAAGAGUUGAAGCUGUUAUAGCUACAAAGGGCGGGACAACUCCAUAUUACAUUCAUGUGCAUGGAAAGGCAGACGUCCCAAAACUUUUGGCAAUAUAGUGUAUUGCCUUUGAUAUGUGACUUUUAUGAUAAUCUUAUGUAUGUAGGGUGAAAACAGACAGUGUGAAGGUUUCAGAUAAAUCGCAGGCAGCGUAUAGGGAUUUAUUUAGUGUUUAAAUAAAAUUGGAAUAGAAAUACGAACAUGAUAUAAAAAUAACAUAUUCCUUUUUUUGUUUUUAAAUCCAACCUCAGCCUUUUAUAUUUAAUUCACUUUUUCUGGUCCAACAUUUUCACACACAUGCUCAAACACACCUAAUACACACUGACUACCUGCUACACAGGUCAGUAUAGGGCCGUGUGAGCAUGGGAAUGUGGAGUGCAUUAAAUUACUGCUCUCGAUGUUUGGGAUUGAAAGAAUCUCUGCUAAAGAGUUUUUAACUGUUUUGUAAAGCUUGAGAAAAUGACACUUCCAUGAAAAUUCUAUAGUGAUAUUUUACCGAUAUAUUUUUCGCCACUAGAGGGCAGCAGUGGACGCGUGAAGCUGACUCCAAUCAGGAUGAGUGAUUAUGCUUUGUGCUGCUGCAACGUGAUUGGCUGACUAAAACACACACACACAAAUUGAAGACUUUUCCGAUUUUGUCUCAUCAGCCCUUUUGGAAUAGUCUGAUACUUGCUGAUGCUCCACCUGCGUUUUAUUAAAACACUCCUCAUCCUGGAGGAAAGCUGAGAGCCACGAUCACAUCAAUGGGAAAUGAGACUGAAGCUCAGGUACGGAUUUUUGCGUCAGUUAUUUGUUUAUUUUUAAACACUGCCGUAAUUACGAGUUACAAGCUGUAUUUGUCGCCAGUGUUCACUGUUCCACCAGGAGACAUGGACUGUUGAUGGUACGAGCCUUUUAGCUGUUUUAUUGCACUCUUAUUCUUUUCUUUUUUUUCUUACACUGCCAAAAAAACAGAGUUCACUGAAUUAGUUAUAGAGUGUUUAAUUUUUUGCCUUAUAUAUAACUUUUUACAUGUAUUUAGAAAAUAACUUGGGUUUAGAAUUUAUACUGUAUGUGCUAUCUUGUGUACACACACACACACACACACACACACACACACCUAUCGCCUGACUGUUACACACACACACACACACACACACCUAUCGCCUGACUGUUACACACACACACACACACCUAUCGCCUGACUGUUACACACACACACACACACACACCUAUCGCCUGACUGUUACACACACACACACACACACCUAUCGCCUGACUGUUACACACACACACACACACACACCUAUCGCCUGACUGUUACACACACACACACACACACACCUAUCGCCUGACUGUUACACACACACACACAC